AUAAUAGAAAGCAAUUUGCCUGGCGAUGGCACCGCGUCUUAUUACCGCCCUGUAUCCCUCAUUACCUGGAGGAAGGACACGAAAUUGCAGCAGCGCGGCGCACACAGUCGACGGCAGGAUGGCGUUGCUGGAGGAGUACUUGCAGGCCUGGCGCCGUGAAGUGCUCUACGACAGGGAGCCUAGCGCGGCCUGGAGGGCGGUGUGGCGCUACCGCAGGGCCAAGUGGUUGCUGGUGGCGGGUUACGCGUGGGUGGGCCGUGCCCUGGUGGAGACCGCCAUGGCGCCCAACCUGGAAGUCCGCAACCUCACUCUGGUCCAGUUCACGGCCGUGCACCUCGCCAUCGCCGCCAUCUACGUGUUCGCCUUCCACUCCCCCGAGUGCGGUAACGCGAUCACCUGCCUCAUUGCUGUGGCGCGCUGCGUCGAGCGGAGCGCUGACCCGGCCACGGAGUUGGAGUUUCGGAACAUGGUGCGCCGGCAGCGCCGUAUUGGUGCUUUCACCGCGACCGCCUGGGUGGCCCACAUCCUGACCUCCCUGCAGACGAUCAACGGCUCGCAAAAAGUCUCGCCCCUGAACACAGCGCUCGCGCCCGUCGGCGGCGUCUACUACACGGCCGCCAACACGGCGUUCAUAGCCAUGCAGGUGAGGGACUCGGUGCCGAUGUUGCUGAUCGCGCCGGGUGACUAAACGACUUCGCGU